GUGCGUUGUUUUGAUGCCCAUUGGGACGGUGUUGCAUUCUUCCUUCCGCCCCCAAGUAUGUGGAGGAAAGGGGAAUGGAUAUCAACGGAAUCUCCGGUCCCUGGAGACCAUAUAAGAGCCCUCAAGAUCUUCCCUCUCCGUCCUUCUGAAUACUUGUGACUGAUCAAAAGCAGCGGCAGUAGCUGAGAUUCCUUCAAUACCCCACUCUUUUACACACAAAGACUCUCCUUUUCUAUCUCUCUCUCUCUCUUCUUCUUCUCUUUUAUCUCCUUCUAUCCCCUCCACAAUGAGAUCCAGCCAGAUCACCAACGCCCUGCUGGCGCUCUCCGUGCCCUUGCUGGCUGGCACCGCGUCGGCCUCUACCAUCCAGGCUCGUGAUGUCCAGCUCACGGCCCAGCAAAUCGAGGCCAUCGCGCCCACCUCCAACACCUGCGACGGUGCCCCGGCCCCCGGCGAGUGCGCGACCUCCGAGCAGGCGGCGCUGAACAUCGCCAAGUCCUUCGAGACCUACCAGGUCACCUCCCCUGCCGAGCAGGCCGCAGUGAUCGGUCUGAUGGCCAUGGAAAGCGGAGACUUCAAGUACAGCCGGAACCAGGUCAACAUCGGACAAGGAACUCGGAACAUGCAAUCGCCUGCAUUCAACUCGCAAUAUGCGGCGUCCCUCCCCGGCAUCGCCGACCAAGCGGCUGCCCUCGCCUCCGACCCGGCCGGACUCCUCGAUGCUUUGGUCGCGAACGAGGAGUACGACUUCGGCUCCGGUGCCUGGUUCCUCACCACCCAGUGCACGCCAGACGUGCGAACCCAGCUGCAGACCGGCUCAGAGGAGGGCUGGGCCAGCUUUAUAAGCGGCUGCGUGGGUACUGAUGCCAACGAGGCCCGCCGGGAUUACUGGACCCGCGCGGUUGAGGCGUUGGGAGCAAGUGCCUAGACUUUGAUUAGAAAGAUAUCCCCUCGCUGUGUUUUGUCGGGUCUUGACUUUUUUUUUUUUUUCUCUUUCUUCUUUUCUUCUU